UGGACUUCCAAGUGGGGGUUGGCAAUCGCAGCAUAAGAGCAGAGCCCAGCAAGUUAAGACAAUAGAGCGACAAGCGUUGGUCUGCUAACAACAUUCAACAUGAUUAGUAACGAAGAACUCGACCACUGCUACGAUUUUGUUCUGACGUUGACCGCCGAAGCAGGAAAGAUAAUCAGGGAUGCCAUUCAAGGCUCUAAAAAGAUCGAGACCAAAGCUGGAGACUGGGAUUUAGUGACACAGUAUGAUAAAAAAGUGGAGGAUAUUUUGAUAAAUAGUAUAGCAAAAGAAUUUCCGAAGCAUAAAUUUAUCGGUGAAGAGACAGUUUCGUCCACAAACUCACUGCCAGAGUUGACAGACGAGCCUACGUGGAUUAUCGAUCCGAUCGAUGGUACCACGAACUUCGUUCAUUCGUUUCCUUUCACAUGCGUAUCGAUCGCGUUAUCCGUAAACAAGCAACUGGAAAUUGGUAUCGUCUACAAUCCAGUAUUGGAGCAAUUGUUCACGGCUAGGAAGGGCCACGGAGCUUUUCUGAAUGGCAAACCCAUUCAAACAUCUAAAACAGAGCAAUUGGAGCACUCAUUGCUGUGCCUGGAAGCAUCGUACGCUACGAUUGAGGGUAUCAGAGACACUGUUCUUGGGAGAGUGGAGGCAUUCGUCUCGGUUGCACACGGGAUACGAACAAUGGGAUCAGCGGCAUUGACUCUUUGUUAUGUGGCAAUGGGUGCAGCGGAAGCCUAUCACACUGACAAUCUGAUGCCUUGGGACGUGGCCGCUGGUGUACUUAUCAUCAGAGAAGCUGGCGGGGUAGUGAUUGAUACAAACGGCGGCGAAUUUAACGUGACGUCGCCGAAAGUAAUUGCAGCUGGCAAUCACAAGUUGGCUGCUGAACUGGUGAAGCUAAUAAAAAAAGCAGAUUCCGCGACAUUGAAAAAGAAACUAGCGUAAAAGAACGAUCAGACAAUAUUCUUCACAGUGAAAACUUUGUGCAUAAUUUCCUUAAACUGAAAUAUAGGAAAUAGACUAUUCUUUUGUUAAAACUUUGCAUUCAACGAUCAAUUCCAAACGAUUGAAGGUAGUAGAAAAAGUUUCCCGUGAGAAAUGGGAAUGCAGUGCUAAACUAGUGUUGGGCAGAGUCUUAUUAAUGUUAACUGUGUUAGUCUCUGUCUUCUAUAGUUAACAAUAGACAGUAGCAUCUCUUGCAUAAGCGAUAUUAAAGCCUGUGACGGUUGAAGAAGAAAAGUUCCUAGACAACUAUUCAAUCUUUGUUCCUUUAUUCUUAUUCUACCAAUCGCGGAACUUAAUAAAGACUGUAUUAAUGGGCAGGCAACCAAAAUCGCAGUAAUUAGAAUCACAAUCGCAGUUAGAGAGAAAUAACAAUUGAACAAAUAUUUAAAAUAUAUAAAAAAAUAUGGAAAAUCAAAAAUUUACAUGAACUAUUGUAAUAUCUAAUUAUUAAAAGAGAGAAAAAUGUUACCUUUUUUC